AGUGAGCAACUGCUAAUCAAAGGAGGAAAAAUCGUCAACGAUGACCAGUCAUUCUACGCAGACCUUUAUGUGGAGGACGGUUUAAUAAAACAGAUCGGGGAGAAGCUGGCUGUCCCCAGUGGCACGAGGACCAUCGAUGCCCACGGCCAGCUGGUGAUGCCGGGCGGCAUCGACGUGCACACGCGGCUGCAGGCGCCCGCCAGGGGCAUGAGCUCGGCUGACGGCUUCUUCCAGGGCACGAAGGCAGCGCUGGCAGGAGGCACCACCAUGAUCAUUGACCACGUGUGCCCGGACGUGGGCAGCAGCCUCCUGGCUGCCUGCGAGCAGUGGCGCAGCGCUGCUGACAGCCAGGCCUGCUGCGACUACGCCCUGCACAUCGACAUCCCGCGCUGGCACGAGAGCCUGAGGGAGGAGCUGGAGGCCCUGGUGAAGGACAAGGGUGUGAACUCCUUCCUGGUGUUCAUGGCUUACAAGGACAAGCUGCAGUGCACUGAUGCCCAGAUGUAUGAGAUCUUCUGCAUCCUUCGAGACCUGGGGGCCAUCGCCCAAGUGCAUGCAGAGAACGGAGACAUCAUUGAUGAGGAGCAGAAGCGGCUGCUGGAGCUGGGGAUCACGGGGCCAGAGGGGCACGUCCUCAGCCGCCCCGAGGAGGUGGAAGCAGAGGCAGUGUACCGUGCCAUCACCAUCGCCAGACAGGCCAACUGCCCCCUCUACGUCACCAAAGUCAUGAGCAGGGGUGCGGCCGACGUCCUGGCCCAGGCCAAGAGGAAAGGCACAGUGGUGUACGGGGAGCCCAUCACCGCCAGCCUGGGCACCGAUGGGUCCCACUACUGGAGCAAAAACUGGGCCAAGGCUGCCGCCUUCGUCACCUCCCCCCCCAUCAGCCCCGACCCCGCCACGCCGGGUCACCUCACCACCCUCUUGGCCAGUGGGGACCUGCAGGUGACCGGCAGUGCCCACUGCACCUUCUCCACUGCUCAGAAGGCCGUGGGCAAGGACAACUUCACCCUCAUCCCUGAAGGCACCAACGGCAUCGAGGAGAGGAUGUCCGUGGUCUGGGAGAAGUGUGUGGUCCCUGGGAAGAUGGAUGAGAACGAUUUUGUGGCUGUGACCAGCACCAAUGCUGCCAAGAUCUUCAACUGCUACCCCAGGAAGGGACGCAUUGCCGUGGGCACCGAUGCCGACUUAGUCGUGUGGAACCCCAAGGCUACCAAAAUCAUCUCAGCAAAAACCCACAAUUUGAACGUGGAGUACAACAUCUUUGAAGGCACUGAGUGCCACGGGGUCCCAACCGUGGUCAUAAGCCAGGGAAGAGUUGUCCUUGAGGAUGGGAACCUGUGUGUCACCCAGGGCUCAGGUCGCUUCAUUCCCAGGAAGACGUUCCCAGAUUUUGUUUACAAAAGGAUAAAGGCAAGAAACAGGCUGGCCGAGGUGCACGGAGUGCCCCGGGGGAUGUACGACGGCCCAGUCCACGAGGUGCCUGCGAGUGUCAGG